AGAGAGACUGUAUCGAACGUUUCGGACAGAGCACCAUCGAAAGAAUCAGCAAUGAUGACGACAUCGUCUGCACCACCGAAUACUCGCGGAUCGUCCCGCUGGAAAACGGAGAGAUCGUGGUGUCCUUGGUGAACGGUCGUCCCGGCGCCAUGAACUUCUCCUACUCCCCGGUGCUGAGGGAGUUCACCAAGGCCACCCACAUCCGGCUCCGCUUCCUGAGAACCAACACGCUGCUGGGACACCUGAUGGGCAAAGCUCUCCGCGACCCCACCGUCACCCGCAGGUAUUACUACAGUAUCAAAGACAUCAGCAUCGGAGGACGCUGUGUGUGUAACGGACACGCUGAGUCCUGCAACGCUCAGGACCCCAACGACCCCUACAGGUUACUCUGCGACUGUCAGCAUAACACCUGUGGUGUGUCUUGUGGCCAGUGUUGCCCCGGAUACAGCCAGUUACCGUGGAAACCAGCCACGACCUACAGCGCCAACGGGUGUGAACCCUGUAACUGUCACCGUCAUUCGUUCGACUGUUUCUACGACCCCGAGGUCGAUCAGAGGAGGGGCAGCGUCGACGUCCACGGACACCACCGAGGAGGCGGAGUCUGCCUCAACUGUCAGCAUCACACCACCGGAGUCAACUGUGAGCGCUGCAUCCCCACCUACUACAGGUCACCUGACCACACCAUGGACUCCCCACUGGCCUGUUCACCCUGUGACUGUCGCUCAGAGUUCACCGACGGGACCUGCGAGGAUCUGACCGGUCGCUGCUUCUGCAAACCGAACUACAGCGGGGAGAACUGUGACUCCUGCGCCAGCGGCUUCCUCAACUUUCCAGACUGUUACCCCGUCCCCACGUAUCCCACCAACAACAACAACGGUGAAGCCAAACCAGCAGGAGAGAUCAUCAACUGUGAGUGCAGCGCAGCCGGCACCGUGGACAACUCCUGCAGGCUCGACCCCCGAACUCGAACCUGCGUCUGUAAACACGGGUUCACCGGUGACCACUGCGACACGUGCGCUCCGGGUUUCCAUGGACUCAACUGUCAGGCCUGUCAGUGUUCAGGUCACGGCUGUCUGGAGGGGUCAUGUGACUUGGUGACGGGUCACGGUGUGUGUCGGAGAGGUUUCCAGGGUCACCAGUGUGACCAGUGUGCACCAGGAUACUUCAACUACCCGCUCUGCCAACUGUGUGGUUGCAGCCCGGUCGGCUCUCUCCCUGACGGCUGCGAUGCGUCUGGUCGCUGUUUGUGCAAACCAGAGUUUCAGGGACCUCGAUGUGAACAGUGCAGAUCUGGAUUCCACUCCUACCCCAACUGUCAAGAGUGCACCUGUGAUCCUCGCACCUCACUGGACGCCAGCUGCACCGCCUCAGGUCACUGCCACUGCCGGCCCAACUACAGCGGCGCCGCAUGCGAGCAGUGUGCUCCUGGUUACUAUGGUUACCCAACCUGCACCCCCUGUCAGUGCUCUGCAGAGGGCUCUCGUUACACCAGCUGCGACCAGGUGACGGGACAGUGUGUGUGUCUGCCCAACGUGCUCGGACUGAGGUGUGACAGCUGUGCACACGGUGCCUACGGCUUCCCCAACUGCCAGACUGGGACCUGUCAUCCUGCCGGCUCCGUCCAGUACGUGGUGCAGCCUCCUGUCGGUCAGUGUGAGUGUCGUCACAAUGUGGAGGGUCCAGCCUGCGACCAGUGCAAACCUCUGUACUGGAGCCUGUCGUACAACACUCCUGAUGGAUGCACCAACUGUGAGUGUCACACUGCAGGGACCCUGAGUGGCGUGGCAGAGUGUGCACAGGAAACCGGUCAGUGUCACUGCAAACCAAACGCCUGCAGUGGAACCUGCUCCACCUGCAAAGAUGGUUUCUACAACCUGCAGGAGCAAAGCUACUUCGGCUGCCAGGGAUGCCAGUGUGACAUCGGGGGGGCAGCAGGUCAGUCGUGCGGAGAGAGGAACGGCCGCUGCCGCUGCAGACCCAACGUGGAGGGAGCCAAGUGUAACCUACCUCGUCCUGAUCACUACUUCCCCGACCUCCACCACCUGAGGUUCGAGAUCGAGGAGGGCACCAUGCUGGACGGCCGGCCGGUGCGCUUCGGAUACAACCCUCUGGAGUUCAAGGACUUCAGCUGGAGAGGCUACGCUCAGAUGACGCCCAUCCAGACGGCCGUGAAGCUUCAGGUUCACGUGAGCGAGGCCGACGUCUAUCUGACUCGUUUCAUCCUCCGGUAUUUAAACUCUGAGGGCGACACCUCCAGUGGUAAAAUAACAGCCUAUCAGGUGAACCGCAGAGGUUCAGAACAGUCCAAACAGAUCGUCUUCGCUCCGAGUGCAGAACCCGCCUUCCUCAACGUUCCACAGAACAACUUCGUGGAACCGUUUGUCCUGAACCCGGGAACCUGGACUGUGGUUAUCGAGGCCGAGGGAAUCCUGCUGGAUUACUUGGUCCUGCUGCCCAGUGCCUACUACGAAGCUCCCAUCCUGCAGAUCAAGGUCACAGAACCCUGCACCUAUAGCUCCGCCCCCAACGCCGACCACAACUGUCUGCAGUACAGGUAUCUCUCCCUGGACUCCUUCCCCUCCAUCUCCGGUAACGACGCCAGCUGCCGCAACGACAACCACCUGCCACGCCCCUGCCCAACUGAGCGGGUCACCCCACGCCACCCGGACAUGGCGGUGUGCAGCGGCUACGAUAUCAGCGUGGAGCUGCGCGGCCGCCUCCCGUCUCCGGGGGAUCACGUCCUGGUGGUGGAAUAUUCCAGCGAAGAGGAACUGCCGCAGACUCUGUCUGUGGUCGUGAACGCACCGGGAUCCCGAACGCAGCAGCACAGUGUCACCCUGCUGCGCUGCACGUACAGCUUCCUGUGUCGAGUCGUUGCCAUCGAUGCACAGGACCGAGUGGCCGUCUUCUCUCUACCCACCGACGCUGAGGUCCAGCUCGUCUCUGACCGUGCCAGCUUCUUCCUGCACAAGAUCUUCCUGGUUCCUAGAGAUCAGUUCACGAUGGAGCUCGUCGAACCAAAGAUUCACUGCAUCAGCACCAACGGACAGUUCUCACCUGACAGCUCCUCCUGCGCCCCCUCACGCUUCCAGACGCCAUCGGACUCCCUGGUGCUGAAGGAAGGACAGAGCUCGUCCACGCAGGAGUCCGUCCUGGCCUCGCCCGCCGCUGCUCCUCCUCUGCCGCUCCACCAGAGCGACGAGCCGGCCUGGACCGGAGGAGACAGACCUCCGCACGGAGUGGACAACAGCGACCACGUCCGACUGGACUCUCUGCAGAAUGCCGCAGUGUUCUCGACUCGUGUCCACGCGCUGGGACGUUACGUCUUCAUCCUCCACUAUCACCAGCCUCUUCACCCGUCCUAUCCUGUGCAGGUCCACAUCAACGGGGGACGAAUCUGGCAAGGCCACGCCAACGCCUCCUUCUGUCCCCACGCGUACGGCUGCCGAAACGUCCUGAUCUCAGAGAAUCAGAUCAUCCUGGACGUGACCGACCACGAGGUCUUCAUCACCGUGCAGAUCCCUGAAGGAAAGACCCUGUGGCUGGACUACGUGCUGGUUGUUCCUCAGUCCAGCUACAGCUCCAGUUACCUGAGCGAGGAGCCUCUGGACAAAUCCUACGACUUCAUCAGCAACUGUGGCCAAAACAGUUUCUACAUCAAUCCCGCCACCGCCUCCAGGUUCUGUCUCGGCUCGGCCGUGUCGCUGUCGGCCUUCUUCAACAACGGGGCGAUGCCGUGCGCUUGUCACGAGGUCGGAGCAGAGAGCGACACCUGCGAGACGUUCGGCGGGCAGUGCCGCUGCAGACCCGACGUGAUUGGCCGAGACUGCUCCAUGUGCGCCACGGGCUACUGGGGAUUCCCCAACUGCAGACCUUGUAAUUGUGGCAGCAGGUUGUGUGAACCUGUGACCGGCGACUGUAUCUGUCCUCCGCGGACGCUGCGGCCCGAGUGCACCCAGUGUGAGCCCCAGACGUUUGGCUGCCACCCGCUGGUGGGAUGUGAGGUCUGCAACUGCUCCCGGCCCGGCAUCGACUCCCCCGACGUCAGCUGUGACACUCUGAGUGGACAGUGCAGAUGUAAAAACAACAUCGUCGGGCGUCAGUGUGACCGCUGCGCUCCUGGUUUCUAUGGUUACCCCAACUGCAGGCCAUGUGACUGCAACGAGGCGGGAACCGAGGAGGAAGUGUGUGACUCCUUCACAGGACAGUGUCUGUGCAAGGAGAACGUCCAGGGUUCUCGCUGUGAUCAGUGCAGAGUUGGUACGUUCCACUUGGACCCAACCAACCCGAAAGGCUGCACCAGCUGCUUCUGCUUCGGAGCCACCGACCGCUGCCGCAGCUCGGACAGGAGACGCACUGAGGUCAUGGACAUGGUGGGCUGGGUGCUGCUGGGAGCCGACAGGCAGGAAGUGGCGGUGGCGGUGUAUCCUGGUCAGGACCUGGUGGAGGCCGACCUCAGUGACGUCCCCGACGUCUACCAGGAUCUCCACUGGCACGCACCGAAGACUUACCUGGGGGACAAGGUGUCGUCCUACGGAGGUUUACUCAGGUAUCGUCUCCACACUCAGUCCAUGAGAGGGGACGUGUUGUCUCUGCCGGCAGAAUCCUCCAGACCUGACAUCAUCCUCAAGGGGAACCAGAUGAGCCUGGUGUUCAUGGAGAGAGAGUACUCUUCCCCGGAGGAGCCUCACCUGGGGAUCGUCCACAUGGUCGAGGGAAGUUUCCGUCACGCUCAGACUGGGAACUCUGUGUCUCGGGAGGAGCUGAUGAUGGUCCUGGUCGGUCUGGAGUCGCUGCAGGUCCGAGCCAUCCACUCCCAGUCGGCUCACUCCGUGUCGCUCCGCGGCGCCGUGCUGGAGGGCGCCGAGAGCCUGCCCGCCGGUCGCCAUGCCAACAACGUGGAGAUCUGCAUGUGUCCAGCCAACUACCUGGGAGACUCGUGUCAGAAAUGUGCUCCUGGUUUCUACAGAGACACCGUCGGCCUGUUCCUGGGGAAGUGCGUCCCCUGUACCUGUAACGGACACUCGGACCUGUGUCUGGACGGGUCUGGACUCUGUGUGGACUGUCAACACAACACGGCGGGCGACCACUGUGAGAAGUGUCAGGGUGGUUUCCUUGGCAACAAUAGCCUUGACGGACAGGCGGUGUCGUGCUCCAGUUGUCCCUGCCCACUGAGGGUCUCGUCCAACAAUUUUGCGGAGGGCUGUGUGCAGAGGAGCGACAGGAUGCAGUGUCUGUGCAUGCCGGGUUACGCUGGACCAAAUUGUGAAAGAUGCGCCCCUGGUUUCUACGGCAACCCCAUGGUGCUGGGCAGUCGGUGCCAGCCGUGUCAUUGCCACGGCAACACAGACCCCAACAUGCUGUUCACCGACUGUCACCCGCUGACCGGAGAGUGUCUGAGCUGCAUGCACGACACGGCCGGACCUCUCUGUGACGCCUGCGCUCCUGGUUACUACGGCGACGCCAUCUCUGCCAAAAACUGCACCGAAUGCAGCUGUUCUCCGUGUGGCACCGACUCCUGUGACCCUCACACGGGACAGUGUCGCUGUAAACCAGGAGUCACGGGGCCGCGCUGCGCCCGCUGCGAGGACGGCUCCUUUGGCUUCGACUCGUGCUCCGGCUGUCACCAGUGCGACUGCGAGGCGUCGGCGGCGCUCGUGCAGGCGUGCGACCCUCAGAGCGGUCAGUGCGCCUGUCAGCCCGGGGUCAACGGGCCACAGUGCCGACAGUGCGCUCCUGGAUUCUGGAGCUACGGAGCUGACGGAUGCAAGAAGUGCGAGUGUCGGGGGGGUCGCUGCGACCCGCGGACCGGAGAGUGCCGCUGCCCGGACGGGAUGACGGGAAAGCAGUGUGACGUCUGCUCUCAGAAACACAAUGUUCUGGUAGAGGAGCAGCACGGGAUGCACUGUGAACCGUGUGACGGCUGCGUCCUCGUGCUGCUGGAGGAUCUGGACAAGAUGAGCAGCAACUUCAGCUACGUCACCGCUCAGCUGAAGAAUCUGAACGCCAGCUCCAUCGCCUGGGCUCAGCUGAACGCCCUCAACAAGACUGUGGACGACAUCGCUGCUGCGAUAGAGAACUACAACAGUUCUCUGGAUGAGAGCCGGAGUCGAGCCGACAUGUUGGACGCUGAGAUCAUGAACAUCAAUGAUGAUAUUAAUGAACUGCAGGACAAGGCGUCAGUGACGAGCGACAGAGUCGACGGUCUGCGGAACAGUACCAACAACACACACCAGAGGGCGCAGGAUCUCCUCCUGUUCAUCCACAACCUGACUAUGGAUAUAAACGACGUCUUACUGAUGUCGAACAGGUCGUCGACCAACGACACGGAGGCCGAGCAGGAUGACGAGGAGCUGGGGAGGAAGAUGAGGGAGGUGCAGGCCAUGCUGAGGGAGAUGAGGUUCAGGAGCUGUGUGGGACAGAAGAAAGUGGCCGACAGAGAGAAGACGGAGGCAGAGAAACUGUUGCAGCGCGUUAACAAGGAGUUGGCCAAUCGUCAGGGACAAAACAACGACCAGGCCAAAUCCGUCAGAGACGGUCUGUCCCGCUUCCUCUCUGAGAUGAUGGACCUGCGAGACGCCCUGAACGAAGCCGUCAACAACACGGCGAGAGCAACAGAGGUCAACAGCGCCAACGAGAAAAACCUGGAGGACAAUCAGAGGAAGAUGGACGACCUGCUGUCCGAGCAGAAGGAGGUGGCCGACCAGUUAAACAUGGCUGAAGACGACGUGGCGCAGGUCAACGACCUCCUGUCCAUGCUGCAGGACUCCAAAGAGGAGUACGAACGCUUGGCCGCUCAGCUGGACGGCGCCCGGACACCGUUGGUGAAGAAGGUGCAGGAGUUUGCUUGGGUCGAGAACAGGAUCCCCCUGGUGGAGGAGGCGGAGAAACACGCGGCGCUGCUGGACGCUUUAGCCAUGAACCUGAGCAGUUUGGUUGCAGAAACUAAGAAGGAAGGAAUCGUCGACGUGUCUCACACCUACAGUAAGAUUAUCAACAGCAUCAAGGAGGCAGAGGAGGCCGCCAAGAUGGCCGACAAGGCCGCCAGCGCCACUUUGGAGAACGUAAAGAACCAGGACCUCGGGCAGAUCGCAGUUUCUCUGAGGAACCACAGCGUGGACCUGUUGGACGAAGUCAAGAAGCUCGAUGAGGAACUCAACAAAGAGCUGAAGCCGCAGAUCCACGAGGCUGAGAAACGACUGAAGGACGCCAAAAACAAACAGACUCAAGUGAUGAAGGAUCUGGAGAUGAUUCAGAACAACCUCAACUUCACGUCGAACGUGAGUCAGGAGAUCGACGAGGCGAAGCAGGCGGCCGACCUGGCGAACACCACGGCGACGCAAGUCAACGAUGCCCUGCGGCCAAUCAAGGAGCAGCUGGACAAAUGGGAGCAGACGUACGGAGACGCUAACGCCACCAAUGAUGACAUCAACAAGGCGCUGAUGGAGGCCAAUAAGACCAUGAACGAGCUUGGUGCCACGAUUCCUACGCUGCUGACGAAGCUGGACGGACUCCAGAACCAAUCCAUCCUGAUGCCCAACAUCUCCGAGAACAUCAACCGCAUCAGGCAGCUCAUCCAGCAGGCGCGCAACGCCGCCAGCAAGGUGAGCGUCCCGGUGAAGUUUAACGGAGCGUCCGGUGUCCAGGUUCGGACUCCACCCAACCUGGCCGACCUGGCGGCCUACACCUCCCUGAAGAUGUACAUCACUCUGCCGGAGGCGGCUCGGUCCAGACGUCAGGGCGACGGCAACCAACAGUUUGUCUUCUACCUCGGCAACAAGGACUCCAGUCAGGAGUUCCUGGGCAUGGCGCUGGACGGGAAGCGACUGCAUUGGUACUUUAACGUUGGAGGAAAAACUGCUGAGGUGAAGAUGCCUGAAGACGUCAAGUCUGAUGGAUUCUUCAACAGCGUCGGGCUGGAGAGGAUCCUGCAGUACGGUCAGAUGUCCAUGUCCUCUGAAGCCACGGGGGGGGACCAGAGAGUCACUAAAGCUGGCACGGAGGCAGGAGGAGAUCAGGGGCUUCUCAACCUCCUGACCGACGACACCGUCUUCUACGUGGGGGGGUACCCCAGUACUUUCAAACCUCCGCCCCAGCUCGCUCUGCCCAACUUCAAGGGCUGCAUCGAGCUGGACACGCUGAACGAGGAGGUGCUCAGUCUCUACAACUUUGAGAACAUCUUCCAGCUCAACACGACCGAGGAGAAGCCGUGUGGCAGGCCGAAGCCGGUACUGACUCAGGCGUGGGCGAAUGACGCGUCGUACUUCGACGGCACCGGUUUCUCUGAGGUCACCUUCACUGUGGAAUCAACUCGCAUGCAGCGCUUCGAACAGGAAGUGAAACUGCUCUCACAGCGAGGGAUCCUGCUGCUGCUGCAGAACGAGACUCAUUUCCUGUGUCUGGCUGUGCUGAACGGCCAACUGAAGGUUUUCUACGAUUUUAGUGAUAAACUGGUGGAACUCGAGCCCAAAGAGCCAGAUUCAGAGUUCCUGCUGGUCAGCGACGCCGAGCCCAAAGCUCUGGAGGUUAUCAUCAUCAUGCAAGGGACCUCGAAACGCAUCGUGGUGAGGAACAACCGCGUCAACCUUUACAUUCACCCGGUCACCGAGAACAUCCCUGCCUUCAGCGGCAGCUAUUACCUGGGAGGAGUUCCACACGACAAGAUCCCCGACAAGCUGAAGACGUUGUUUCCCAAGCAGGGUUCUCUGAAGGGCUGCUUCAGGAACGUCAAGGCCCAGAGCUCUCACGUGGACCUGAAGAGGAUGAAGAGCUCCGGAGUCAGUUUUGGAUGUGACAGUGAUCUGCUGGUGGCUCGUGAGGCUCACUUCUCUGGACAGAGCUACUUGGAUCUGACUCUGACCAACGUCCCGAGUCUCAGGGACAACUUCUACGCCAGCUUCAGCUUCAGAACCGACAAGAAGGAGGGACUCAUGUUCUACCACCAAGAUAAGGACGGAGUGUGCCAGGUGUUUCUGCACGAUGGCCAAGUGGUGGUGAGAGCUGGCAACAGUGAGAUCAGGACACAGAAGACGUACAACGAUGCCAACAGCCACUACGUCGCCCUCUACAUCAACAUCACCGGGAUGCGUCUGUACAUGGACGACGUGCUGGAGAAAGCCAAGGAGGGAAUCCGUAUCGACACCAGGGGGCGUACAGCGCCGACGGCAGGGGGCAGCACCUUCCUGGGAGGGAUGCCCGACCAAACCAGCACCAACCUCACCGGGUGUAUCAGCAACGUCUUCAUCAAGAGGGAGACGAGUCCUCAGGCGGUUCAGAACCUGCUGAAGGUGAACAAGAACGUCAACGUCCCUCUGGGUUGUCCCGCCGCCGCCAAACCUCAGCAGAUCGUCGCCGCGCAGCCCAAACACAACAAAGCCAAGAAGCACAAGAAGCCCUCGGGGUCUCGCAGCCGUAACACCAGGGAGUCGUGCCAGGGGGCGCCGUCGGACCAAGAGAGCGGAGCGACGCACUUCAGCGGCUCCACUCACAGCCACCGGAGAUACGACGCUCUGCCCAGGGCGCUCAGCUCCAUGCCUCACAUCUCCAUGUCGCUGAGGAUCAACUCCUCCGAUGGCUUGGUGCUUCACGCCGCCGGCGGGCAGCGUGGCGGCGCCGUCAUGUCCCUCAGCGUGUCAGGCGGUCACCUGCUGCUGUCGCUGGACGCAGGGAAGAGAAAGCUCAGCCUGCGCAGCCGCAAGAAGUACGACGACGACCAGUGGCACACGGUGUUUGUGAAGCGCGAGGGAGAGAAGGUCAGUCUGAUCGUGGACGGGAUCCACGCUCAGUCCAAGAAACUUCCUGGAGGAGACAGGACCCGUGUCACCGGGCCGCUGUAUGUCGGAGGAGCUCCGCCCACACUGAUGGCUCCCGGCUCCGGAGGUUUCAUCGGUUGUGUCAAGGACCUGACGCUGAACGAGGCCCCUGCAGGAAACCCCACGUUCAGUCAGGGGGCGGUUCCCUGUUUCCAGAACCCUCUGCAGCCCGGAGCCUAUUUCUCUGGAGAGGGAGGACACCUGGCUCUAGAUGAGUCCUUGGUUCUUGGUCGGGAUCUUGAGAUCCAGUUAGAGGUUCGACCCGUCUCGGACUCUGGGCUGCUGUUGCAUGCUGGGACAUCAGCUGAUCAACACCUGAGUCUGGUCCUCAGUCAGGGAGAGGUGACCGUCUCAGUAAACAGUGGUAAAGGUGAAUUCUCUGCCUCCUUCACUCCUGAGGAGCCUCUGUGUAACGGACACUGGCACACGAUCACAGUGGUGAAGAAGAACAACGUCCUGCAGCUCCACGUGGACGCAGCCAGCGAGCACAGUGUCGGGCCCAAACAGAGCCGCUCCGCAGGGGGCAAGGAGAGCGUCUACCUAGGAGGGAAACCUGGAGGCGCCGCUGUUCCCGGUCUACCGGCCGGCCUGCCGUCCUUCCACGGCUGCAUCCGCUCCGUGCUGGUGAACCACAGAGCGGCCGUGGUCUCCAAGCCGCUCUCUGUGCACGGAGCAGUGGGCACGCAGGGCUGCCCACAUGCAUAAACCAGUCUUAUCUUCACAUUCCACAACUGCAGAUUAAUGGUGGUGGGUGUCAUGUUACUGUAGCUAAUUUAAAAUAUAUAUUAAUAUUUAUUGUAUAUUGUCAGAAAAUAUAUAUUUUAUAAUUCCGUUUGUCGUCGCAUUAGUCCUGGUUUGUUUUUGUGCUGCAGGUAGAGAUGCACUGACACGAUUUCAAAUACUCUAAAUUCAUAAAUCAAUGAGUGUUUCGUAUAUAUUCAAUUUAAUCGGUUCGUGCCAAAUUGUAAAUAAACAACGCAGCUCGAUUUUCUUCCUUUUCUCUCAUCAGUGAAAAAUUGAUUAUAGCUCUGAUAAUCUUCCUUUGGCUCCAAAACAAUGUUCCUGAGUUGAACUGUAUUGAAGCACAGGAUGUUAACAUCUGUGUGUUGUGCAUCUCCAGCAGAGAAUAUUAAUAAAUCCUACUGAGUCUGUACACUGUGAACCUCUGAAGGGAAACGUUGCCUGUAACACUGACCUGGACUGAGAUUUUAAUCAUUAACCUUUAACACACUGGUGAUAUUUGAUCUUCUAUAUCAGUUUCUGCAGGUUUCACCAAGUUAAAUUUAAGACUUUUAAGACCAUAACCAAUGAAAUUUAAGAUAAAUAACUUCCACUGAGACAGAUAUGAAGGAAUUCCAGAAUCCCUCGAUUACUUAAUAAGUGAGGUGAAGCAGCAGAGGAGAGAACAACCUGGAAACACCACGUUACGUCUCAGAAUCAGACAGGCUGAGGGAACUGAGAUCAUGUUGCUUUGAUCGCAGCGUGUUGAACUUAGGCUUCUUAAGACUCAACCCUGUGUAGGAUUGUGUUAAUAUCUUUGUUUUUUCUUUUAUCUUUUAUUUUUGUCUUUUCACAAAUCAAACAUAUUUGAAGUUUUUUCUUGCUUUGUAAUAACGAGUUUCACUUGUUAAGUCAAAUCAACGUCCCAGUGGCAGACCUGUUCCAUGAGGCGUCUCCAGGCAGCCGCUACCUUCUCUCCUCUGUCCUUAAUGUAAACAUGUACCCAGUGUGUGUGAAGCGUGUUGUAUAACCUUUUAAAAACAUCUCACAGAAAGAAUAAGCUCCCCCUCACAUGUGUUGUAAAUGCAUUUCUAAAUAAAGGAUGUUUUCAUACAAACUUCA